GUUGGCGCGCGCGAGCGUCUGUGCAGGUUUAGAACUGAACGGUAACCCGCCCCGCAGGUUCGCCCAGUAGUUCAGUCCUCCAACCGACGAAGUAGGGAAACUUGCCUCAGUUCAUCAUGAGCAAGUCCAACACUUUAAAAGUCAAGAAUCUGUUCAAGAUAAAGUCACCGGACAAAGAGGCCAAGGGGUUGAAGCGGGCGGACUCAGUCAAAGAUGGAGCAGCCACCGUCAAGACGUCACCGGUUGGCCCAGGUGCUGUCUGCCCGGGUGACAGUGCCCCAUUGCCGGGUGAUGGUUUGCUUAUUCCAAAAGAAAAGAAAGGAAGGCGGAUGUUGUCGUUCAAGUUAAAACGCAAGAAAUCCAAACAGAAAGAAGGCAGAGGAGGAGAUGAGUUAUUUCCUGAUGAACUGGACAGCUUCAGCAGUAACGUGAGCUACGACCAGAUGAGUGUUUCCACGGUGUGCUCUCUCCAGACUGAGUCGGACUGGGACCCUCAUUCUGACUCCAGCUCCAUGAGCUACUUCAACAUGACUCAACCGGGAAGCCCUACCUCACCAUCCAUGUACUUUAAGAAUUCCGAGGAGAAAAAGGGGGUGUUGGAUCGUCUCAGUCACUUCUUCAACCCCAAGAAACGGAGGAGCAGAAGCAGCCAGAUUUCAGACACCUCAGUCAGUGCCAGUUGUCCUGGUUCCCCAGCAUCCCCCUUGUCUCCACACUCACCGCCGCUUCAACAAGAAGAUGGCUUGAAGACUCCUACUCCUUCCCGAAAAGAUGGGAAGCCAGCAGAGACAGACCCCCGGGUGGGAAUGGACACACUCAGCCAAAGCUCUAGUCCCAGCGUUUCAAGCGUGACUUCUCUGUUGACGGCUGAAGGAGAUGUUCCUUUUGCGGAUUCUAUCAGUAGUAGCCAAAGCAGUGUCAGGGAGGUUCCCGUUUCGAGGGGGAGUACUUCCGGUAGUGAAAGGAAUUCAGGGAAUGUGACCCCCACUGCCCUGGACUUUGCAACCACCACUUUGCCAUGUGCUGAUUCAAGCUCAGAGGUCGGCUUUACAGAGUCAGUGGUGGAGGAAGUAAGCAAGAGGCUGCAGAUGAAUUUGGAGGAAAUCACUGUGAAAAAUGCAGAAGGUUUAAGUGAUUCCCCAACCAGCUUACCAACGCUAAAAAUCAAGGAUGCAGCUCCUAAAUCACCAAAUCUAACAUCUAUAAGCGUUGGGACAAAUAAAACAUCAGUUACAUUUGGAGAAAAGAGCCACAGUAUGACCCUCAAAGGAAUAACUUUAGGCUCUCAGUCAUCAACGUCUCAACUCAUCUCUGCUCGACAGGAAGGUUGUCCAGAUGCUGGGAGUAAGAAAUCAGCACAGAGUCCUUCACUGGGGAAAGACCAAGUACCCCCUGGUGAUUCUCCUGUUAAACUCUACAAAGCCAUACUAGUGGAAGUUUACCUGGGAGAGGAGGAGAAAAAAGAGAGGGAGGAGAUGAGCAAGGAGGAUAGGACGACAGAAGGGGAGGAGGGCUUCAUACCACUUUCGCCUCCUGUGCUGGCCAUACCUGUCACAGUAUUUCCUGAGGAUGAGUUAGUUACUCAGGAGGACACAAACAGCCCGUCCUCCCCUUCACAGACUUUACUUCCCACUAGAAGCUCGCCAGAAUUGUCCAUCUCCUUGACAUCAACCCCCAGGGAUUUGCAAACUACUUUAAGGCAGUCAGAGGAGCCUGACACUGGCACAGACUCAAAGAAACACCCCUUUAAGGAAAAACAAAGGUCGAAAGGAACUUGCGUUACACGCAAGACUGUGAAUCUGCCUUCGAAGCCCAAGGAUGUGGCCCAUGCAGCGCCCGUCAGUCCAGAGCUAAGUUUGGACGGUAACAAGCAGGUGGGGGACGAUAACAGCACAUAUUCAGCUUCAAAGACUUCCGAGCUGACAAAGGCAGAACGACUGCAACACCUUCAAAAUAAUAAUGAGGAAAGAAGGCAUGCAGAUGUUCCGUCAUUUGCAUCAACAGAUGAGUCUGCAGACUCAAAUACUCCAGGUCAUUUAGCUAAAGAAAAAACAGACUCUGAGCAAUCUGAUUUUGAGGAUACUUCUGCAACUCCAGAUAUGCGCAGAGCAAAAUCACAAACUGUAGCAUCUAGGGUAAGAGGUACAGCAAACCAAGCCACGGCCUCUAAACCAGGAGAUAUAGUAGCAGUGGAGAGACAUUGUGCUCCUGGAAGUGUAGCAAGGCCCUUAGCAACAGCAGCGGGAGGUAAGGCCAAAAAUGUGACAACAAAAGCAAAGGGCUCCACCGAGGACAUAAAAGUUGCAGCAUCCAGUGAUAUACCACCUCUAAAGCAACAAAGCAAUGGGAAAACGGUUUCUGUGAUAACACCAUCAAAAGACAAAUGUACCACUGGUCUCCCAAAGUCUAAAAUCCCCCAAAGGCAAAUAUCAGACAGUGAUAUAAAAUCGGUAUCAUCAGAAAAAACACCAGUUGCACAUGGCUCCAUAGCCACUUCCAAAUUACAAAAAAUUGCAAGAACAGCCAACGAAUCAUUGAAAUCUCUUGUUUCUACAACCAAAGGUGUCCAGAAGCCAACAUCUGGCAAGGCAAAUAGGGUACAAGCUCAGUCAGGUGACAGAGAAAAUGUUGUGAAGGAUGAUGUCAUUAUUGAACAUACAGAGUCUGUAAACGUAGUAAAUGGUGUGGAGGAACACCAAGAGGAGAAUAUUAAAACAGGACAACCACUGGAUGGACAAAACCUGGAUUCCAAAAAAAAAGAUAAACAUACUUCCUUGAUAUCAAAAAGCCGGCUGCCUGUUUCAUCUCCGACUAGAAAGUGGGACAAUGAUUUUCCUAAAACGAGUGAAGCCAACCACAGAAAAGUAACAUCUCCUCAGGCGGACUCGGACAGGAACAAACAAGCCCAGAAGUGCCCAGAACAGCAAGAACCAGCACGUGUGGAAAGACCUGCCAGUGAGACACCUUCUCCUUCUGGAAGUCCAAAGAAAGGCAUGCCAUCACUUAAACCUUUGAGACACAUCUCUAAGACAAGCCUCAGCAAUGACGAUAUUGACACACCAAUUCUCAAAAAUCAAGAUAAAGAAGACUCAAACCACAAAACAAAACACCUAAAGCCUCCAUUGAACAGUUCUGUUCCCUCAUCCCCCAGCAAGCUCCCCACAAGAAGCCAGAGGAGCUCUAACAAUGUUAAAUCAAGACAACUUCAAAAUUCCCCAGCUGACGAUUUGUCAAACACAGAGACUGUUGUCAAACCAGCAGAUGGUGUUGUUGUAAGUUGUUUUAAAAGCAGUGCCACUGAUGGUACAAGUGAUCUUAAGUCUGUUUCUCAAAAAGAAGAACCCAGUGAGACGAUCGCAUGUAAAUCAGACACCAGUGAAACCAAAGAGAAUGGGGUUGAGGUGCAGGGGUUUGAAGAGGUGCUAAGUAGUCCUAUAAGAAACAUUUCAAAACAAGUAAUGCUUAAUAAUAAUCAAAAAAUGGUUGAAGUAAAACUUGAAAACAAAUGUAAAGCAGUAAAAGAAGUGAUAGCUGAUGUAGCUCUGGUCAAGGAGGAACACGGUGCGAAGACAAAUAGGCAGAUAGAGGGGCAUGAUAUUCCGCAACAACUGACAUUGCAGACGUCGUCUGAAAAUGUAGCUGAUCUUCAAGGUGACAGUUCUACACCACAACUACCGACACCACAGAUGUCCUCGGAAAAUGUAAAGGACAAUCUCCUUUCAGUGACAGGCCAGCUUAAAUCUAACACAGAACUGGGGUUUAUUCAGGAAAAAGGAGAUUCAGAACCACAGUCUGUGAAACCUGUCUUGGGUGACAGAAUUCAGCGUGACAGCAUUAUAACCUCUCAGCAAGGUGGUUCCAUUGAAGCAUCAGUUACAGUAAAAGGGAAAGAAAAUGCAAACAUCUGUCCCAUGGAAUCUGCAUCAAUGGGCCAUGAAUCUGAACUCCAAAAACAAGUUUUAACCACACCUUCUAUUUCUUUAAAUACUCCUGAUAAAAUGCAGGAUUGUAAAUUAUUUGAAAAGCAAGUUCCAAUUAAAGUUCCAGAAAAUAAUAUGUCCCUGUCAGCAGUUGCCAUAUGUUCAAUAAAAACUACUGCAGGAGAGGAGAAAAGUAAAGAGGAGGUUGGCCAGAAAUCAGCAACGACAAUAGACACAGACACUAAAACUGUUAGUGAGGCCCCCAAGAAUGUUGAAUAUCAGCUGGACAAAGAGCCCUUUUUACAAGCACAAGAAUCUGAAAGAGGGGAAAAAGAAUCAAAGUCAAGUGAAAAGCUGAAUGAUGCUUCAUUGAUGGGCAAUGACUGCAGCAGUGAGCUCAAGGCCCUAACCACAGACUGUGAUGCAGGAAAACAACAGGAAUCAAGUCAAGUAACAUCAGAUCAGGACUAUUUACUGCCAGCUUCAGAAGAGGGAAAGCAAACCGUAAACACCCUGAAAGAGCACAAGAGUGAAGCACAGAAACCAAGUAAAAUAAGUGCAGUCUGUGAUCGUACAACCAAGGUGGUGAAUUCCACAGAAAUUGCUGAGGAUUCUGUGGACAAGGCCACAAGCGGGAUUACGGAACCUCUGCAGAAGGUGAAAGCAACAGGUAAAGAAAAACUGGAACCCAAAUUACCUUUAACCAAUGAUGAGGGAGCCAGGAGUAACAAUGAUCAUCAGGAUGAACCCAGUCAUGUUGAAAAGGCCAGUCAAAGUGCUGAAUUGACUGAUAAUAGUGAAACAAAGGCUUCAUUGAUGAAAAGUUCACUGACUGAAAGUUCCAUUGGGACAACCAUCUCUCAAGUUAACAAGCAAGAAGACACAAAGUCUGUGAGCAAAGAAGAUAAGAGCGUUAAAAAACAAGAUAAAAUUGCUGAUCAAGCAAAGAAAUCAGAUGUUGAAGUUCUACAAGGAAGCCAAAAUGUUGACGCAAACAGUACACGGGGAAUAAAAGAGUCUUCAAGUAAAAGUAUGGAAGAAGGAACUCAAGCUAAAUCAGAAUAUGCAAUAAAAGAAGCUCCAGAGGUCAUGGCACAAGAUACCAAAAAGUCUGGUUUGUGCACAAGUAAAAUAGAAGAUACUGGGUGUGGUAUCAAAGAAAACAAUCAAGGCAUGAAAGUGGAAAUAUCAAGCCAAGAGGGUGAGAAGAUGAUGGCUGGCAAGCAGAACAUGGAACAGGAGGAUGGAAAAACACAAAAAAAUAAAUUCACUAAUGUAUUGGAUUGCUUGUCUGAUCAGAAUGAGGAAGCGACCAGGGAAAAGAAAGCAAAGGUCAAGAAGGAGGAACCAUCCAGCUGGUUGGACGUGGAACAUCAUCUCAAACAAAAAAAGGACAACAGAAGGCGGCCUGAUGCCUCGGCCAGUGAAGAUGAAUGUCAUGAGCAUGAUGAAUUGGAGGAUUUCAUUAGGAACAUUAAAGCAGGAGGCAUUGCUUUCUCACUGCCUGUUAAGAAGCACCCUCGUAUGAAGUCCCCAUCUCCCCCUUUUGCCAUGCCAGCCAUUAGGGAAGAUCACUUUGAGAAAACAUUUGACCCUGAACAAUUCCAGUUUGGCUUGAAAAAGAAAGGAAACGGUUUAAAGGACCCCUCACCUGCGAUGGUGCUAAAACAAAAAGCAGCUAAGCGGGAAGGGCGGACCCUGGAAAAAACCCAUGGAACAAACAAUUCCACAUCCUCAUGUAAAGAGGAAAAUGAGAUAAAAGGAAAAGAUGAAGUCCAACAGGGGACAAAGAUGGAGCAGAACAAUGGCGAGCAGCCUGGGAAGCCAACAUCCCGACUGCAAAGGAUAUCAAUCCUCUCAAGCUUACUAAGUUCCCCUCGCUCCAGUAAGAGGAGCAAGGAAGUCGUAGCCUCUGACCCAAAUAACACUUUUUCAUCCAAAGAAGAGCCUUCGCUUGGAAAACAGGAAACUGUUGAUUCAACCUUUCCUGAACCUGAAUCAGAUAAUAGGGGUGUGACGGGGAGAGGCGCAGGCACUGCUGUGGGUGGUGGUAAUGGUACAGCCAGUGAGUCAACACUUUGUCCCUCCCCACCUCCAUUGCCUUCAUUCCCACAAAUCCAACUGCCUGAUCAUCAGGAGAAAAACCUUGAGGACAGGGGAGAGAGUGAGGUUGCCCAGGACUUCUCAAAGGCACCUAAAACAACACAGAAUUCUGACGGACGUGGUGUCAUGGACCAGACUUUGAUGCCUAAAGUCAGUAAUGCUGUGCUACCUCCACCCAGCGAAUACAUCCCAAAGACUCCUCGAAAGAAAAAGUCUAAGACACCUGUAAUGAGAGGGUUUCACAAAAGACCUGGCAAAAUGUUCAUACAUGAACAUGGUGAGUUUGGAGGCAACGUGUAUGAACUCUGCUGUGACGUCGAGGACGCUACAGUGAUGAAACUGUCACCUGUCAUCUCAGUGCAAGUCAUCAGAGGAUGUUGGCUCUUGUAUGAAAACAAGGGCUUCCAGGGCCGUGUCAUUGCCCUCGAGGAAGGUCAAACAGAUCGUAUUGUAAACAUGUGGGCAGAAGAUGGAGCCCCUAUGGCCGUGGAUGAGAAGGGUCAGCCUGUCUCAACAACACCCAUGAUCAUCGGUUCUAUUCGAUUGGCAGUGAAGGACUAUAGCGAACCAAGAAUCGACCUGUUUACAGAAGUUAAUGGCUUGGGAAGGAUGUCGUCUUACUGUGAUGACACAGUGGAAAUUGGCUCCUAUAGGCUCCCACAGGCCACUGGUUCCAUCAAAGUCCAUUCUGGAGUCUGGCUUGUGUACAGCGACCCUGGCUUUGGGGGGUUUGUAGGAGUGCUGGAAGUGGGCGAGUUUCCCUGCCCCGAGUCCUGGGGUUUCCCUCAGCCGUUUGUUGGCUCUCUCAGGCCACUCCGAAUUGGAGCAAUACGGGUGGAACAUCCCAAAGAAGUCAAGGCGCUGGUAUUUGAGAAGCCCAAUUUUGAGGGACAGUGUUUAGAAGUGGAUGGUGACUUGUACAGCUUCAGUGAGGAAGAGGGAGAAGAAGAACCAGACAGCCCAUGGAAAACUAAGAAGACCACCUCUACAGUGGGGUCCCUCAAGAUACUUGGUGGUCUCUGGGUUGGCUACCAAGAAGCAGACUUUGAGGGUCAGCAGUACAUCCUGGAGGAAGGGGAGUAUCCACACUGUAGUGACUGGGGUGGAGCUGAGGAUGGUCUCCUCUCUCUGCGGCCCAUUUGCACUGAUUUCCUGUCCCCGCACAUUAAAUUGUUCAGUGAGCCCAACAUGGAUGCACUGGGGCUAAGUGUGGACCUGAUGGGUCCCGUUAUCAACAUGGAGGAGGUCGGCCAUGGCACCAAAACUCAGUCCAUCAACGUUCUGAGUGGAGUAUGGGUGGCAUUUCAAAAUCCUGGAUUCAGUGGCGAGCUCUACAUCCUGGAGAGAGGCCUGUAUACAUGUCCAGAGGACUGGGAUGCCCAGACCUUCCAAAUUGCAUCGAUCCAACCAAUCUUCAAUGACACAGGAAUAGAGUCAAAGUUCAAGGCGAUGCUGUUUUCUGAGCCCAACUUCCAGGGGAAACUGGUGGCCCUGGAGGACAGUAUUGCUGCUCUUGAUGAGAACUUUGUGACGCGGUCCUGUAAGGUCUUGGCUGGCAGCUGGAUCACAUAUGAAGGAGAAAACUUCACUGACAACAUGUACUUGCUUGAGGAAGGAGAAUACCCCGACACUGAGUUCAUGGGCUUCCUCUCCUCCGAUGUGAAGGUGCGCUCCGUGCAGACCACUGGGCAUGAGUUGUCUAUGCCCUCCAUUCUGCUAUUCAGCAAGUUAGGCUGUAGAGGUCGCAGGUUGGUGCUGACUAAUGGGGCUGUGAACCUGCAUCAGGCAGGCUUGGAUGCUCACAUACGCUCCCUGGUGGUGGAAGGAGGAAAGUGGCUUUUGUAUGAAGGCAGCAACUACCGCGGUCGACAGGUUCUGCUCCAGCCGGGACAAGUGGUUGACUGGUGCAAGUUCAGCGGGUGGAAAGGAAUCGGAUCACUGCGCCCUUUGUUGCAGAAGCAGAUUUGUAUCCGCCUGCGGAACAAGGCAACAGGAUGUGUGAUGUCAUUGACGGGGGCACUGGAAGAUAUCCAGCUGAUGAGGGUGCAUGCUGUGGAGGACACAGAUGGGGUGGAGCAACUCUGGCUGUAUCGUGAUGGACAGCUUACCUGCAAGCUGGCAGAGGACUGUUGCCUGGAGACCACGGGCAACGUGGUGAUGGCAGGCAGUCGACUGUGUGUGUCCCCGGAGAGAGGCAAAAACAACCAGCUGUGGAACAUCACCUCCGAUGGUCUAGUACGCUGCCACUUUCAACCUGACCUGGUCUUAGAGGUCAAAGGAGGUCAUCAGUACGACAAGAACCAGGUGAUCCUCAACACGUUUGAGGAGGGAAAACCAAACCAAAGAUGGACACUGGAGAUCUUGUGACAUGAGCGACACUUUUCUGGCCUUCACUCCCAGCUCCACUAGUGGACUGAUCCCUGUGACGCAGCUCCACAGUGGGACUCCCACCACUCAGACAGGCCCUGAGUGGGACUUUGCACAAACAGUCUGCACUCUUGUAGCAUUUGGACCUUUAUUAAGGAGGGUCACCAUGUUCUGGUUUUUGAUUAAACAUUAACUUAACACUUCUUUUUUAUUUGAUUGAUAUUGUUUGUCUUUUUGUAGUCUUUCAUUUAGCCACGCACAUUCUCUUGUAAAUGUUCAUUUCAUGUAGCGCCUUGUCAGCCCUGGUUCAAUGCUGCAAACCUCUCUACUUUAUGGUACUUUUAGAAUACAAGGUGUUGUUUCCUCAUGUUGACGGAUGCAAUGAAGUCUACACUCCAAAGAUUUAUUGUUAUUCACGUUUUGCUUUUGACACUACUUUUCGUAAUAAUGUAAUGUCAAGUUCCUGUUUUAACACUCACUGAGCUUUUGUCAAUUUUAAAUCACUUUGUUUUCAUCUGUUGUAAAUAUGUAAAGAUAAAAGACACAAGUGUUUACAUUCUGUUGUGUCAUUUUAGGCAUGUAAAAUGCUGCUGCCCAAUUUCAUGCAGACUGUGCAU